GAGAGAGAGAGAGAAAGAGAGAGGUGGCGGCCGGUGGCAUGAGCAGGGAGGCGAGGUGGAGCCUGGCCGGCGCGACGGCGCUCGUCACCGGCGGCAGCAAAGGGAUCGGGUGCGCAAUUCUAUAUAACCUUCUUACGUACACACAUGCUAUGUACACGUAUACUCAUGUGCUUCUGUGGCAUCAUGGUGUCGAUCGAUGCAACGCAGCCACGCGAUCGUGGAGGAGCUGGCGGGGCACGGGGCGCGGGUACACACGUGCGCCCGGAGCGCGGCGGAGCUGGAGGAGUGCCGCCGCCGGUGGGAGGCCAGGGGCCUCCCGGUCACCGUCUCCGUCUGCGACGUCUCCCUGCGCGCACAGAGGGAGCAGCUCGUGGAGACGGUCAAGCAAGUCUUCGACGCCAAGCUCGACAUACUGGUGAACAACGCGGCGCAGGCUCUUGCCAAGGCGGCAGUGGAGUGCACAUCGGAGGAGUACACGCACCUCAUGUCGACCAACCUAGAGCCGUGCUUCCACCUCAGCAAGCUCACGCACCCCUUGCUCCUCGGGGCCUCCAUCGCCGGAGGAGGUAGCAUCGUCAACAUAUCCUCCAUUGGGGGCACGCUUGGGUUCCCGGGCUACGCACUUUACGGUAUCACAAAAGGAGGGAUCAACCAGCUCACGCGGAGCCUUGCUACCGAGUGGGCCCAGAACAAAGUUCGAGUGAAUUGCGUUGCCCCGGGCGUGACCAAGAGUGACAUGUUAAACAGUGUCGCACCCGACAUUUUAGAGAAGGAGUUGGCGAAGGUUCCGAUGCGGCGGGUAGGCGAGCCAGAGGACGUGGCUGCAGUGGUGUCAUUCCUCUGCAUGCCAGCGGCAUCCUUCGUCACUGGGCAGGUCAUCACCGUCGAUGGUGGUCGAACAAUUAGUGCCUAGUUAAUUAAUGGCACCUCACCGAUAAAAUCGUGUGCAUGUUGAUCAAUUUAUAAAGUAGCCGGUGAGUACUACCUCCGUCCCGUUAGUUUGAAAAACGUUCUUAUAUUAUAAGACAAAAGGAGGAGUUAGCAAGGACCUGAGUGUUGUCCACUAGUAUAAUUAUUUUGCUACAUUUUUUAUUUGUUUUUAGUUUUUAUUGUAUUUAUAAAGUAGAUUUGCGUAUUUAACUAGCCAAGCAAGCGUGGCCGCACCCAUGAUGCAUGAUCUUGGAUGUUGGCAUUGCCGUUAUUGUGCCUUGUGUACUUUUGUUGUACAAGUUAUAAAGAUGUGUACAUUUUGGAACCGAACCGA